AUGGAGAAAUACAUCAUGUUUGGAGAUGAAGGGGAAACCUUGAGACUGGAUCUACAAUUCAAUGUCGACAAUUUUGAUCAAUUUUGGUUACCUCUGGAUUUCAAUAAUAAUAACAACAAUAACAACAACAACAACAACAACAACCCCACGGCAGCCACCACCACCACCAAUCCUUCCAACAACAACAACGACAACGAUAUUGACUACUUGAUUAAUGAAACACUUAAUGGAUUGCAGGAUUUAGAUGUUCCUAGUGGAUUUGCCAUGAACAACAACAACAAAGGAACAAUAGGAGGUAAUGUCAAUCCUGCCCCUUCCGCAUCUGCAUCUGCAUCAGCUUCAUAUAGCCAUCAUUCAAGACACAAGUCUAAAACUCAUAGUAGACAAAUGAGUGGUACUGCAAUAUUUGGGUUUAUUGAUCAUACCAGAGACUGGUCACUUGGUGGUGGAACUAUUCAACCUAGUGAAUUUUACAAACCUAAUCAGCAAUUAUUUGGUAAAUCUAUUGAUUGGAGAAACAUCAGUCCCAGUGACUUGUUGAACCCCAGUGGUAAUGUUCAACAACAACAACAGCAGCAGCAGCAACAAAAUGAUACCGCUAAGCCAGCGGAUCAAGCACCAUCGCCUCAGAGCCAAAUGAACAAGCUGGUCAAGAAAAACACCCCCAGUCAAGAUAUCCUAAAUUUCAAUUUCGAUAAAAACCCAAGUGACGACGAUGAUGAUUUUGUAACCCACCGAUUGGCACAACUGUCACCAAUUAAACAAAUCUCCACCCCAACCAAAUCACAACAAUAUUAUCAAACUCAAAAUCCAAACUUUAAUCAUCCACAUCAAAUUAGCGCCACUCAACCACGAACUACAAAACAAAAUGACUAUGUGGUCACUAAUCAAAGUCCUAAAUCGUACAAGUUCCCACCACCACCUGCACCAAGAUCAAAACAAAAUAAACUCGAGCAACAAAUGUCUCCUUCACCAUUACAAAAUAAAACCAACAAGUUUCAGUUUCGUCAAAAUGAAACAAACAAGAUUGUCAAUUCUUAUUCAGCUAAAUAUUUGCAAUCAUUACAGUACGUGCAGCAUCAGCAACAACAACAACAAAAAAAUAGUUUCAUGAGUGAUGCGUUUUUGCAACCGAAAUUGCCAUUCGAAUAUGUUGAUGAUUUUGAGCCGUUAUUGGAAGAAACGGAUUUACUACAGCAGGUGAAUGAUGAACAAAUGGAUUCAGAUAUGCAAUAUGUUCCAUUACCUGUACGAGAGCCCACUUAUCAGGUCACGUCAACCAAUAGUCAAAACACCUACCAAUCAAAUCAACAACAACAGCAACAGCAGCAACAGCAGCAGCAGCAGCAGCAGCGACAACAACAAGAACAGUUGAUGUCACCAGCAAUGACACAAGUGGCAUUGCCAGAAAAGCAACACCCUCCAAGCUCAGUUGAACAACAAUUGCAAUCACAACAAACAAAUGAACUUGUCAAUAAUCUCCUAUUCAAUACUUUUUUACCACCACCCUCUCCGCCAACACUUUCCAACUCCAAUGAUUCACCCAAUUGGCAAUCAUCGCCAGAACCUCAAUCUCCAUCACCAGGGAGAUCCACCACCAGUUUGUUUCAGCAUAGUCAACAACAGCAGGAUGUGUCACCCUUACAUCCAAGUUUAAAAAAUUCCAAUGUCAAUUUCUACACGCCAAUGUACUACAAUCGAGAGCAACAGCAGCAGCAGCAGCAACAACAACAACAACAACAACAACAGCGCCACCUGGACUUGCCUUUAUCGACCCCAUUGCAUCAUAUUCAAGAGGAAGAGCAACUCAAUGAAGGUGAUGAAGAAUCACCAAAUAAAUUGACUCUUGACCAAAUACAAAUGCAACAACAACAAUUGCAACAAUUGAGUCAAAAAUUUAAUCCAUCAUCUCAGCCUUCAGCCACAACGGGGUCCACCACCACUACUAGACAAUCAACAAUAAGCCCUUCGCGCAACAUCAACUACCUAAACUCGUCUCCGUUUUCAACUAUUAACUCAUCACCAAUACGGUACUAUACAUCUCCAGACAAGCCAGCUUCUAGCAGAGCCUCUCAACAACAACAGCCACCACCACCUACACCAACCCCUGCCCAACAAACUGACGCCAGUCCUGAUCCUAAUGCCACCAUUGCUCAAAUCACCCCACUUCGCAACAACACCUAUUUGUCCACCCCCGUCAAAUCCAAAACUUUUCAACAACAGCCAUCUUUAGAAUGGAGCCCCCUAAUCAGCCCCAACCUGAAAAACUCCCUCAAAAAACAACUCAAGGAUUCUUCACCACGUAACCGAAUUAAGAAAACCUCAUUACUCCCACCGGGUGCCAUUGACAAUUACUGGACAGGCCCAACCAAGGAUAAGAUGUUUGUGUGCACUUUCAAAAACUGCGGCAAAAUAUUCACUCGCAGAUACAAUGUUCGAUCACAUGUUCAAACUCACCUAAGUGAUCGGCCAUUUGCAUGUCAGUUUUGUGGUAAACGAUUUGUGAGACAACAUGACUUGAAUCGACAUUUAAAGGGCCACAGUGAAUCGAAAUUGAGUAAAUGUGCUUGUGGGAAGGAGUUUGUUAGAGUUGAUGCCAUGAAAAAGCAUCAAGAGAGAAAUAUCUGUGUUGGUGGGGUAAAGGGCAUGGUUAAUAAACCAUCAACAUCGAAACUAAAUAAAAAAAGUUUUAAUGGGGAUGAUAUUGUUGGCGUUGAUGAUAAACGUGUACAGAGGAAAUUGUUUACUGAUUUACUUGAAGUGCAAAGUGGAGUGAAGAGCUAA